AUGAAUCAGUCAUUUGGUCAAGUGAAUGAGACAUGGUUAAUAUCAACCAAUAACAAUGAUUCGUCAUCACCAAUUUCGAAUUUUGAGUUGAUAUCCACGGGUGUAUGUGUAACCACAUUGAGUGUUUUAGGAAUAAUUGGUAAUCUCAUUUCGUUGUUCGUGUUGUCUCGGCCUCAGAUGCAGUCCUCGAUCAACUGCAGUUUGCAGGGUUUGGCCAUCUAUGAUACAGGUGUUUUGAUGUGCGCGUUGAUCAUGUUAGGCUUAGUAACAUUAGGAAAAAUAGUAACUUGGCUGCAUUUUUAUACGUGGAUCAUCUUUCCGUUUAUUGUUCCUGUUAUUUAUCCAUUGGCCUUGAUUGCUCAAACAGGAUCAGUGUGGACGACUGUUCUCGUGACCAUCGAAAGGCACGUAGCAGUUAGCCACCCUCUUCACGCCAGAUCGCUGUUUACGUGCAAGCGCUCGAGAGUGUACAACCUUCUUGUGACUGUGGGAGCAGUGUGUUACAAUAUUCCUCGAUUUUGGGAAAUUCAAAGGAUCAAAGUAUGGGAUUCCGUCACUAAUUCAACAGUUUAUAACAUCCAACCUUCUUCAUUUCGUAGGAACAAAGUAUAUUUUGAAAUCUAUUAUAUUUGGAUGUACUUGUUGAUAAUGUACUUUCUACCCUUUCUUACCCUAGCUGUUCUUAAUACUUUUAUUUGGCUUACUGUAAAACGGGCAAACAGGGACCGUCAGAAACUCAGCCUUCGGCAGAGGAAAGAGAUCAGCCUGGCCACCAUGUUACUUUGUGUUGUUGUGGUAUUUUUCAUCUGUAACAUGACUGCCUUUAUAGUGAACAUUCUAGAAUAUUUUGACAUAUACUGGAGCUCUUUAACUCAGUUUUCUAAUUUACUGGUAACAUUAAAUUCAUCUGUUAACUUCAUAAUUUAUUAUAACUUUGGACAUAAAUUCAAGCACACCCUAUUUUUAUUAUUCUGUAAACAAAAACUACAGCGAACUCAAACCUUCACUUCCGGUACACAUCGAGGAGUUUGGUUAAGAUUCCAGUCCACCAGGUGUCAACGAUCACUCUUACACGAUCCGAGCUCGACGAGGAGGAUCGAAAGUACAGAGUUAUAA